AUGACAAGGCAGGCAGCCGCAUCAGCCCUCGGCUCAAUAGAGCGCUAUGUUUUCCACAUGCCGAGUCUGCCUUUGGCCACACGUCGACCUUUUAGCUCGACAACCUCCCGCUCUGUCCGGGCCGUCUUCUCGGAGACGGAAAACGACGAGUUGAGAAAUGUUCUCAAAAUGAUUCAAGAGAAAAUAAUCCUACCGGCUUACCUGCCCGAAAAGCAACGCAGAAUUGUGUUUGAUCCCAAGAAGCGAUCAUACCUGGAGCAAAACCCAAUCAUCAUCGAAGUAGACGGGCUGGAGCACAAGUUCUCCUCGAUCGACCGCUUCAAGGACGUUGAAAACUCGAAAAAGGCGCUGUCCAGGGCGUUGGAACACAUGCACACCCCCGAGGACUGGACGAACCUGGGCCCUCUUCUGGCCGGUUACAGGAGGGCUGGCAUCCGCUUGAAGGCCAAACACUUGGGCAAGAUUGUCCGCGUAGCCGGGACGCGGGGGCAGAUAUUUGCGGUAAUCGAAUGCGCAAAGCAAUCCGACAAGACCGGGUUCACCCUAAAGAAUCCCGAGGUCGUCGCAAGAGUCUUCGCCUUUAUCAACGACAAAAUCUCCAAGGCCGCUAGGGAGACCCCGGAUGGCCCUGAAACGAAGCAGGCCCUGACAUGGACGGAAAUGGUGUUGGACCUGUUGCAGAGACCAGAGCACACUGUGGAUGACGCGCAAACCCGGCAACGGCUGCACUUUUCACCGCUGGUCCGUGGAAUGACGCUCUUUGCGAGAGCGUCCGCGGCGCGCCUCGGAGCAGCUUCGGAGCGGGACUUGAACCUUCUCCGGGAUGAAGUAGCUCUCUUGGUUUCUCUCUGGGGGGAUGCGGCGAACAAGGAUCUACUUGAAGUGGCAGAAAUUGCCAAGCUCACCCCGGCUGCGGAGAGGGAUGCUGCCCAGAAGAGCAACUACAUCCCGCGAGCUCUCAACGUCAGCUCUUACGUGCAGGUGCUGGCGCAAAAUAUCAAAGGCAUCGAGAUUGCGCAGGAGAUUCUUGGGGAUGAAGCCCAGGGGCUGUCGGCGAUUUCGACCGCCUUGACCUCGCAUCUUCGAGACUUUGCCGGUGGGAUCAGGACAAAAUCAGAUAUGUGGGUGGAUGAGUAUGAAAAGGUCAUGGGAGCAAAACCCAGCUGGCUAGCCGUCGGCGACGAGGCCGUGUGA